GUCGCGUCGCGCCAACAUGGCCGCGGUCCACUGAAAGCAGUUCUGCGCACCUCGAGCUCCUCUGCCCGACACAAGUCCUAGCGCUUCGCGGAUUUUCAGCAGAUUGACUUCCAUCGGGCAAAAGUGUAAAUCCGCCGAUUCAAGCUGGCGCCCUUCAAGCUCCGCUUCUCGAAGCUGUCCAAGUCGCGUAGCAGCGACAGCGGUGGCAGCAGCGGAAGUCGCAGCAACAGCGUCGAGGUGGAGGAGUCCGCAGUCUCCAAUUCGCGGGAGGUGGACCUCAGCCAACUGACUCUAGGCAGCUCUGAGAGCAUGGUGAGCAGAACCGAGUGCGGGCCCGACGCCAGCAGCGUCGUCAGCGUCAACACCGACUCCACUGUGCCUGCGUCGUCGCCACCUCCCUCUUACGAACGCGUACUCGAGGAAGUACGUGAAUUGCGGUCGAGGCUGCAGAGAUCCAUGACGGACGACGAGGAAGCGAUCGAGGAAAGUACAGACGAGGGCGAGCCGGUGCGCAAGGGCCCGCCAGCCAAAAAGCCCCCGGAGAUCGUCUACAAAUCGAGCAAGGAAUUCUAUCGGGUGAUCGCCAAGCAGAUGGGCAUCACUUGCAAAAUGAGCGACAACUGCAGGUGCCUCGACUGCCAGAGUCGCUACUUCGACUGCGGCUACGACAAGUAUCAGGACUACGAUUCCAAGUACAUCGAGCAAUCGGACGGUGGUCUGAGUGCCAGCACGCCAAUGUUCGUGUCGGAAGUCAUGAACGGCUCCUGUCAGCUGCUCUAAUGGAUUUCACAGCCGAGCAGUCGUCUGCGUAUUUAAACGUUGUCGUUUCUCCUCCUCGUCGUCGUCUCAUUGUACGUCCGAUCUCGGCCGCCUGCGAGUCGAGAUGAUUUUGCUGGACGGUUUGGAUGGAGAUGGCUGGAGAUGGAGAACGCGAGACCGCGCGCAAACAGGGAUCUUAUCGACCCUAAGGCGCUCUUGCCAAUUUUCUGCUCGGCAUAAUGAUAUGUAUUCGUGCGAGGAUACUUUUUACUGGUUCGAUCGUUGGCAUUUUCUCUUUCACUCGGACUCGGAUGAUAUUUUAUCGUUACAACUCGAUGGGAUUUUAUGCAGGUUAACGAAGCUACGAAUUGAAGCGAGCCCUCCGAUAUCUAUUAGAUUUCUCCGUACCAAUACUACCGACAUCGGAACCAGAAAAAUAAUCCUCGACGUUUCUAUUGGACUCUCACGAAACAGCGCGAGAUACACAAAAUAUUCUAAUGCUAUUUAUGUAAAACGUACUAUCACUGAUAAACUAUUUGUAAGCGCCGGUGCCUGCAUAAUUGGCACGUCUUUUUCACGUCAUUGUUACAUAUACUCUCAGACAAAUUGACGACAACAAAUUGGCUUUCUCAACAAAGUCAUUGGAAAGAGAUUAUUAUUUUUUAGCAUUUUCAAACGGUUGAACGAAAAGGGAAACCUCAACAGGAAACAUGAUCACGUCUUUCGAACAAUGUCAAAUACGAGUAUAUUUCAACAUUUUUCUUCGAAUUGUACUUAUACGGCAACCACAUCAAUCAAUUUUUCAAGUCUGCAAAGAAAAGGCUGAUCAUUUUCAAAGAAAAAAAAGUAUAAGUUGCAUUUUUGCACGAAUAUUGGUUGUUGCGACGGCAAGAGAAACACUAUCAGAGAACCGCAGACUGUGCUUCGAAUCAGUUAUUGGAUUCUUGCCGUCUCAAUCAGUUUCUUUCCAAGUAUAUGCAAUUUUUCUGAUAAACAAUUCUAAUAGACGUGCAAUUUUUAGUACCAAUUUUUUUCAGCUUCUGAGACUCGCGAAUAUCUUGCCGAAGUAACAGCCAUUCAUUGGGUAUUGUAUUUGAAAUAUUGUAGCGUAUAGUAGCUCAGUCGUGUGAAAAUUCAUACAAAAGUUAACAAUCAAAGUAUUUAAUCUACUACUACAUAGUGAGUCUAGUCAAAUUUUAAUACUUAUUUUAUUAGUCAAUUACAUCAAUACAAUUUAGAAAUUAAAGCUGAAGGGUUCCUUCUAUUGGAUAUUGCGGGAAAUUUGCAUUCAAGUUUAUUGGAAAUCGGAACGCGAAAUCCUCGUAUUUCAAACAAACGAAACGAAUAAAAGUAAAUUGAUGAUAAAGUCGAGAAUUGUCUUUGUAAUAUGAGAUAUCACCGGGAAUUCUCAUUUUACCGUUAUAUAUGUCUAAAAUAGUUGUUUAUUGUAAUAAGUUUUCAUGAAGUUGGCCUUUACUAUUUCGAAUGUUAGGUUGUAGUUGCGGCACUAAAUAAUGCCAUGGAUGUUACGUAUUUGUUAGUAAAUUUUCCCGCACUUAAUUAUUCACUGGUAAUUUGUCUAAACACGUCACAUAAAGAUUUAAUAAUUGGUUUGGGCUACUGGAUUUUUUUUUCACUUUUAUACUACAAUUGUGAAUAUACUAUGCUGAAUACGGAAUUAAUUUUAAUAUGUAAGUUAAUAUAUUAGAAAAAGGUUUUAAAUUGCACUUGUUGAUAGAAAAAAAAGAAAGAAUGCAAAAAAAUUACAAUAAAUCAACAAUAUCUCUCUCAUUACCGUAGAGAGCAAUUACUCUAUAACUGUAGGAAACAUAAUAGCCCAUACCUGCCGAUACACCUACUCCAAGAAUAAUAUUCCUGAACAUUUUUUUGAAUUAUUUUCGAAAAAUAACUGAAAAUAUGCAAUAGGGAAUAAUAUACCGAAAAUAAUCGGCAAGAGUACUGACAUUUAAUCAUUUUUUAUGGCUAUUCGAGGAACGAACCGAUGAGUACUCUUCAAUCGCCAUUAUUGCAUUUCGUGAGAUAAAUAAAUAUAACAAUCGCACUAAUCUUCACUACUAUCGUAGAGCAUGUUGUUUAUACACAAAAGUGUAAAUCUUGUAAGCUAUGACGCAUAACAGACUUGCUAAAAUACAUAUUUAAUUUUUUUUCUUUCAAGGAUGAAUCGCAAAUUGCAAACUAGUAGAAAUUAUUAUCUUGAACAAAAUUAAUUUAUUUGACAAAGGUAACGAAUAAAAAAUGAUUUCUCGAAGCAAUAAUAAAUCAUUUUUGAAUGUUUAAUAAAAUGCAAGAUUUAAGCGAGGUUACAUAAUUAAACUGUUGAAUAAAUCAAACAUAUCUUUUUUAAAACGACUGAUCAACAUAAAAUAAUUGACCUUGAUAUUAAUUGGCCACGCUAGACUUUACAUUGACGUGCUCGAAUUCCAUUACUAGUUUUGGCAUCAGACGGUUGUCCUUAUUAUCACGUCAGAAUGAACCUCCACUACACUAUUGUAAACUAUAUGCCCGUGGCAAAGAGUAAAAAUAGAAAUACGAAACGAAGAAACAUUGCAAAAAAGCCUCAUGAUAAACGAUGCCUAUAUAAUUUUUCUCAAAUGAUAGACAAACUUUGUGCUAAGAAAGCGAGUGUACUUGUUUAGAAUUUCCUAAACACGCCAACACAAAUGACUGUCUAGUUCGUAAGAAUAACCAACAAAUUCCAGUUGUUCUCUAGAUGACAUGGUGUAAUAAUUGAACCAGAAAAUAAUCCAUGUGCUCUACUACCGAUCCAUUAUGGAAACGCAACAGCAGCAAAAACUUUUCAGAUACGUACGAUCACUCGCAAAUAUUUUUUGAAAUGUGCAACUUGGAGCAAAUAAAAAGCAAUUUGCAGAACUUUGUAUUACAUAUAUUGAAUGGAUAAAGUAUUAUACAUAGACGACAGUAGGCUGUAUCGAUGUAUAUGAUGCAGAAUAAGCUCGGCAAGAGCGUUUGUUGUUUUAAUCCAAAUUAAAUGUAACCUGCACAAAUAAUUUCUUUCGUCAGAUAGAUAUAUGUUGCCCAGCCUAAGUACGAACAACAGAAAUAACUUUUCGUUAUUGGACAUUUCUGUUAUGUUUGCCUAUAAUCAGAUAUUAUGCAAGUAUUAUUGUUCUAUGGUAAUCGAAGUUUGUUGAAUAAUACAUAUAUUCUAAUGGUCAGCACCAAAUAAACA